AUGGAUUGUCCAUUUCCACUUGGUGAUCAAGAGAGUAGCAGUGAUGAAGGAAGAACAAGCUUAGCUCUUCGCAUGGAGACCAGGAAACUAUCACGGUUCAUAUCGCAGCCUGAAUGGGACGAGGCAGUUGAAUUAUGUAAGAGUAAUCCGAGGCUCCUGAGCCAAAGGAUGGCGAACUCGAAGGACACUGCCUUGCAUGUGGCCAUCGACGAGAACAGAGACGACAUUGUGGAGAAGUUGAUCGGUAUAAUCGAGAGUACGAGAACAUACCAGGCUCUGAAAGCACAGAAUAACAACAAGGAAACCCCUCUGCAUCGCGCGGCCGCGAGAGGGUCCGAGCAAAUGUGCGAGCUGAUCCUCCGUGCAGGAGACAACAUGGGUGAGGAUCUGCUAGGUAUUCCCAACAAGUGGUAUGAGAACCCGAUCUUCGUCGCCGUUGUCCAUGACCAUAAACCAGCCUUCAUCUGCCUCUUUGAUGCUGCACGUAAAAAAGGGGAAGACUCAUGGGAUUUGUAUCGAUACUUGGCUAUUAUUGACCCCCAUGGUGGAGAUACUGAUGGAAAUACUGUGCUUCACUCGGCCAUUAGGAGAGAGCACUUAGAUUUGGCAUUCUGCAUCAUCAAAAAGUGCCCAGAGCUUUCGCACAGCUUCAAUGCGAAGGGAGUGAGUCCUCUUGAGCUGCUGGCCAGAACACCUUCUGCGUUUAGAAGUAGCUACAACCUUUCCUGGUGGAAACAUAUCAUAUACUUCUGUAUACAAGUUGCUCCACUGAAGUAUGAUCCCAAUCCUACUUCUAAAACAAAUCCAGAUCGUAAAAGCUCCAACAUUGUCAGUCCGCCUUCUGCCCAUAGAAGGCAUGGGAACAGAUUCGCCAAGGUAAAGAGGGUGAAAGAGAAGUAUGUAUGGAGUCUUCAAAUAUUGGAUCAACUUUUGGAAAAUUACUCGAAUUACUUGAAUGAAGGGAUCAUGAAACAUGCAAUUGACGUUGAAUCGGGUGCAGAUCAUGGUCCAUUUGAGAUGUUUGCUAGAUUUGGUGUUGGUGAUGAUCACAAACACAAGGUUAAUGAGAUAACAAAUAAAGCCCUGCUGGCGGCAGCAGAGACAGGUGUGAUAGAAGUAGUAGAUAAGAUUCGACAAACAUUCCAACAACAAAUCAUCCCCAGACAUACCGUAGGAUCAACGAAAAGGAAUAUACUGAUGGUGGCUGUGGAGAAUCAGCAGGCACAGACAUUUGUGGCACUUCGACAAUACUUGAAAAAUGUACGAGGGAAGCCCAACCUGUCGGACGACCUGGUUCAUGCGGUGGACGAUGAAAACAACACUAUACUGCACAUAGCAGCAAAGUACGAUGAAUCCUUGUCUCAUGGCUGGCAAGCUAUUGGUCAUGCCAUGCAGAUGCAAUGUGAAGUCACGUGGUACGAGUAUGUGAAAUCAUUUGUGCCCUCCCACUAUCUUUUCCUUAAGAACGAAAAAGGCGAAAGCCCGGAACAAAUAUUCGCUAGAGACCACAAAGAUCUGGUGGAAAAGGGCAACACAUGGCUUAAGGACACAUCUCAAUCUUGCUCGGUGGUGGCAGCGCUGGUGGCCGGAGUUUCGUUCGCCACAUCAAAGUCCGUCCCUGGAAGUAUCGACGCCAAAGGCAAACCAACAUUAGAAGGACAUCCCGCGUUUCAACUUUUCGCCAUCAGCGGACUCAUAGGACUCGGAUUUUCCGUCACUGCGCUCAUCAUGUUCCUCUCCAUACUUACAUCUCGAAAACAACCCAUAGAUUUCAAAAGGAAUCUGCCAUUCAAGCUUCUUCUGGGAUUAAGCUCAUUGUUCGUGUCCAUUGCUUGCAUGUUCAUAUCUUUCUGUGCUUCACAUUUCUUCGUGCUUGAGGACAAGUUCAAGAAAGGAAUCGUCCCUCUUUAUGCCGUCGCUUGUCUGCCUAUUUCAUUCUAUGCCAUGGCACAGUUUCCUCUUUACAUGAAUCUUAUGAUAGCCAUUGUUAAGGACGUUCCCCAAUCCCGAAAAUCUGUCCAGUUGUGA